AUGGUGCCAAGCCGCGAAAGCCACACCCAGCCUGCUUGUGGACAGGGGCCGCCCUUCGCGGGGCUUCGCGAGACUUCCGGAGCAAAUGGCGGCAAGAGCAGCUCACCCAGCACACCCAAGCAGAUAGAGUCGCCGGUUCAGCGAUCAGUUGAUGGAAAUCCUGGGCGGAAGAGCAUGGUAAAUGUGAACAGCGAGUUCGUAAAGGGGAAGCCUACCAAGCACUCGGCGACCCAUGGUUGCAGAGGGAAGCUGGCGAAACUCUUGCAGAGCUCUCAGCUCAUGAACAUCAUGGCAAUGGUGAUUCUUGUCGAUGCCCUGGUCACUGUGGUAGACGUGGAUGCCCGGGCAGCUGGCAAUGAGCCGCCUCGGGCCAUGAUGGCCCUUUCAGAUAUUUGCCUCUGCAUGUAUACAGCAGAGCUUCUGGCCAUGAUCUUCGUAGGUGGACUGCGGAUUUUUCUGAGCUGGAUGCCCCUUCUGGAUUUACUAAUCGUCCUUUGCGGGUAUGCGGAGAUGGUGAUGGCGAGCUUCCUGACUCCUGAAGAGGUUGGUGCGAUGAGUCUCCUGCGCGCCCUUCGUUUGGUGCGCAUCAGUAGGCUGAUGCGGCUACUGCGGAAGAGUCGCUCCUUGAAGGAGCUGCAGAAGCUGGCAACCAUGAUGACGACGUGUUUCAAGGCCUUGCUUUGGUCGUUCCUCCUUUGCUUCGUGAUCAUGACCCUGUGGGCCAUGUUGAUGGUUGAGAUGCUACAUCCACUGAUAAAGGAUAAUCCUGACUUCGCCAGCUGCGGCGAUCUUUGCUUGGAAGCGACAUCUUCGGUGAUGCGUGCAAACCUGCUGCUGUUCCAGACCGUGAUUGCUGGUGACAGCUGGGGUCUCAUAGCGGUUCCGCUGAUCUUGAAGCACCCGGAGACUGCCAUCAUUUUCGUUCUCUCACUCUUGACAUUGGUUUUUGGAGUAUUGAACUUGAUCGUAGCUGUUGUCAUCGACAUGUUCGCUGAAGCCCGCGAAAGGGAUAUGGUGAACCUAGCAGAGGAGCUGGAGUACGAACUGGAGGACGACAAGAAAUACCUUCAGAAACUCUUCGAUCGAAUGGACGCAAACAACGACGGCGAGCUCUGCUUCGAGGAGCUCAUGGCCGGGGCAGGGCGCGACCCGGAGUUCCAGAGCCGCCUGAGGGUCAUGGACAUCGACCAGGCGGCUUUUUUUUUGAGUUUAGGGUUUAGGGGUUUAGGGUUUAGUGCGGCUUGUUUUUGGGCUUUUUGGGGUGUUUUGAGGCCGGGAGUGCUCUGA